AUGCCGGACGGCUGCUUGGAUGGCGGCGUCUCGGCAGCCGUUACUUCGGAUUCCACCGGCGCAGAGAACAUCGCCCGCGCGUCGUCGUGUUCCAAGGCUUCCGGCGGAGGGGCGGCGGCGGGGUCGAUGAAGAAGGGGCCAUGGACGGCCGCAGAGGACGCCAUUCUGACAGACUACGUCCGGCGGCACGGGGAGGGGAACUGGAAUGCGGUGCAGCGGAAUAGCGGCCUGUCGAGGUGCGGCAAGAGCUGCCGGCUCCGGUGGGCCAACCACCUCCGCCCGAACCUCCGGAAGGGCCCCUUCUCUCCCGAAGAGGAGCGUCUCAUCCUCGAGCUCCACGCGAAGCUGGGCAACAAGUGGGCUCGCAUGGCUGCGCAAGUAGGCCGCCGAACCUCUCUACUUCUCCAAUUCUCAUCCUCAGCGGAUUCACAACUCCAUUUUUUUCAGUCUCACUUCGAUCUCUCUCCUCAGCUUUCGCCUGAUCCGUGUGUGACGAUUCCGUUGGAUUGUUGCAGCUGCCGGGCCGAACGGACAACGAGAUAAAGAACUACUGGAACACGAGGAUCAAGCGGCGGCAGCGCGCCGGGCUCCCCCUCUACCCGUUCGACAUCCAGCGGCAGGCCGCACUGCACCACCACCACCGCCCUUCCCCCGGCGCUGCCCCGCUCUCGCUCUUCGACCAUACUGAGUUUGGGGUGGCGCCGACGGUUGGAACAUCGAGUCACAUGGUCAAUACCGGUCACUGCCUGUCCUUCAUCGUGCCCUCGCCGGCAGGAGAAACGGGUCUCCAACAGAGAGGCGGGGCCUUUCCGGACGGUGGGGUGGGAGGCUUCUCUAUGGCAUUCAGCUCCAACACAGUCACGCCCCCGCACUCGCAGAAUGCUGUGUUCCUUUUGGAUGCCCUGGGGGCCUACGAUCUCGGCUCUCCCUCUCCGCAGCACCACCGGCAGAGCUUCUCUGUGAAAAUGGAGCUCCCUUCAAGCCAGUUCUUUCCUGAGGCACCCACCUUACGAAGCGAAAGCGACCUGCUGGAUUCUCUGCUACUCGACGGAGAGGCGGUGGUGGCUGGCGGCGGUAGCGCCGACGAAUGUGGAAACGCUGGAGGUGAUUACCGCAGGGGACGAAACUUCCUGCCGGAGCCCACCGCAGAAAACGUUAGCUACGUCAACGGAAACGCCGGCGGCGGCAACUGCAGUGAACACCCACAGGGACUGAUCCUGAGCGACUGCGGCGGUAAAUGGGACUACUCGAAACUCCCCUUGAGUGAGUUCCAUCUGCCCUGGUCUCUUCUUGUUAUCUCUCGCGUCCUGGCUUCCCUUUUCCAAGAACUUGCCGAGGAUUCCACUUCUCGUCAACCGUGCAGAAACCAGGGUCGGAGGCAGGCAUUAAUGAGCGCCUUAUAUCGUUUGCUAAUCCUUUUCUCCAGACGCUGCGAGGAAGAGAGAAGCGGGAGAGGACGAUGGCACGGUUGA